AUGCCCAGGGGACUUUGUAAACCAAAGCAGGAGAUGGAAGCUCCACAGGGCCAGGCAAAGAGGCUCUGGGCUGGGGCAGGAUGGGCCCUGUGCUGUCUGCAGCCAGGCGCUGCCUUCCCUUCAAGCCUCGAUGCCCGUGCUCCCUCCCACCCCAAGCCACUGAGGAAACUUGUCUCCCAUCUCCUGCAGGCCAUGGACUCAGCACUUGUGCUCCUCCUGGCUGUGCUGGCCGUCCUGCCCGAGCCGACCCACGAUCGCCCGAGCGAUGCAGUCGCUCUGGAGCGCAUGAAGAGACGGCAGAUGUUUCUCGAGGAGAAGAUGAGCGAGCUGCAGGAGGAAAUGGAGUGGAGGAGGGCCCUGGAAAAAGUUCCACUCCUGUGGAUCUUGCAGCACUGGCUCUUCUGGGCGGCUGCAGCGGCUGUGCUCUGCUGGCUGGCCUGGCGCCGUCAGCGGGACAGCCGGCGAGGAGAGGAGGAAGAAGAGCUCGGCGCAGCAGCCGGGGCCGUCAGGCCUUUCCCAGAGCUCAGCCGGUCACCGCCGCAGGACCUGCCCUACAUGGGCCGCACCCUGAAGAAGCUGGUGCGGGACCUGCUGGAGGUGUGCCAGGUGCUCUCCCAGAACACCUUCAUGCCAGAGCUGCACCCGGCCACCCAGAAGCAGGGCCCCAUGGAGUCCUGGAGUGACCUGGGGCACCAGAUCGUCUACCAGCUGGUCGUCUUCCUGAGGCCACCCCCCAGGCACUCUUUCCAGCUGCAGCCACCGGCCGGCAAGAAUGUGCCAGAGAGGUGCUCCAACAUCCGGGUGGUGCUGGAGUGCUCGUGCUCCAGCACGACGGGGGAGACGUCGUGCUUUGUCCACCCCACGCACGACGCUCAGCCCUCGCGCCUGCUACGCACCCUCUGCACAGGCUCCCACUUGGAGGUGGAGAAAGUCGCCGGCUGGGUGCAGGACUUGGUGGAAGCAGCCUGGGAGCGUUUGCCCCAGUGGCAUGACUGGAAGCUCCAGCUGCUGCCCUCCUCCCGCUCCUGCAGGCUCCUGCUGACCGGCCCCUGCGAGGUGCAGCUCUGCGCUGAGCUGCUCUUGGCGCUGCGGCAGGGCCGGCCAGGCAACUUCCUGGUGCUGGAAUAGGCA